AUGGCACAAAAGCUCUAUUUAGCAACAUUGAUGAGGAUAACAAUUGUGGUCAUAUGGCUUACGGAAGGGCUAUCCGCGAUAACUGAAGCUACGAAUAUGGCUUGGGAAAUUCUGCUUUACCCAAUGGAAUAA